AUGAAGCACUUGCAGUUCGUGCUUGUGCUGGCCAUCGCUGUCAAUGUUUGGGAGUGCGGCGACGCUAAAUUCGGAGCCGAACGCGGCGGCGAACUGAGCGCCAGGCGGCGACGCUGCUACGACGGCAGCCUGCCCAAACGUCUCAAGAAACGGGAGAGGAAAGUGCUGCUGGACGGGGGAGGCUCCACGACCACUUCCACCACUACCGCCGCCGCCGGUGAAGUUUGCCACCGGCUCUAUCCGCGAGUGUCCUGCUGUCCCACCCGGAGAGCCGCGUAUCAGAUUGCGCACCGUAUGGAUGCACGGAUCUUCUCCACCAACAACACGGAAUGCGGCCGUCUGCUGGAGGAGAUCAAAUGCGCGCGCUGCUCCCCCAACGCGCAGGUGCUGUUCCACCCGUCGGAUCCAAGCAGGUUGCCACACAGGGAGCCCGACCUGCCGCAGCUCUGCCAGGACUUCUGCCGAGAGUUCUACUACACCUGCCGGGGACACGUACCGGAAUUGUUCCAGGCCGACGUGGACGAGUUUUGCCAAUACUACGGCAGACGAGAUGCGGGCCUUUGCUUUCCAGAUUUUCAACGAAAGCAAGCGCAGGGCCAAGAUUCCAACUACUUGGGAGAUGAGAAAAUGGAAGAUAUCAGCAGGAAACACAAACACAACUGCUACUGUGCCCAGGAGGUGUUGAGUGGUCUACGGCAGCCGGUAGCCGUGGUGCACUGCGGCGACGGAUCUCAGCGACUCUUUGUCCUGGAGCGGGAGGGAUUUGUGCGGAUCCUCGGCCACGACCUGCAGCUGCUCAAGGAGCCCUUCCUAGACAUCCAUAAGCUGGUGCAGAGCGGCCUGAAGGGCGGAGAUGAAAGGGGCCUGCUAAGCCUGGCAUUCCAUCCCAAUUAUAAGAAGAAUGGCAAGCUCUACGUCUCUUACACCACCAACCAGGAGCGCUGGGCCAUCGGCCCGCACGACCACAUUCUCCGCGUGGUCGAGUACACCGUGUCCAGAAAGAACCCCAACCAGGUGGACGCACGCACCCUCCGGGUACUGAUGGAAGUCGCCGAGCUGCACCGGAAACAUUUGGGCGGGCAGCUUCUCUUCAGCCCCGACGGUCUGCUGCACAUUGUUUUAGGCGACGGCAUGAUCACCUUGGACGACAUGGAGGAGAUGGACGGACUCAGUGAUUUCACAGGGUCUGUGCUACGAGUGGACGUGGACACUGAUGAAUGCGCAUCUCCAUAUUCUAUACCGGGGGACAACCCAUACUUCAACAGUACCAACCAGCCGCCGGAAAUAUUCGCGCAAGGUUUACACGAUCCGGGCAGGUGCAGCAUGGAUCGGCUCCAGACGGAAAACGGGAGCCUCCUUUUCCUCUGUACGGACGCCAGCGGCAGAAACUCCACCACGGGGAGAAUUUUGGAGAUUUACAAGGGGAAAGAUUACGAGAACGAACCUUCCGUCUACGACCUGCAGUCCAUCGGAGGAGCGCCGCCGGUUGGCGGUUUCAUCUACAGAGGUUGCCAGUCCAGGCGAUUAUAUGGCAGUUACGUGUUUGGAGAUAAGCUCGGGAACCUGCGGAUUCUCCAGAAGUCGUCGAUAACACCAUCGGCGGCGAGCGAGCAGUGGCAAGAGAAACCGCUUUGUUUGGGCUCGACCGGGUCCUGCGGCUCCACGUUAAUCGGACACAUACUGGGAUUCGGAGAAGAUGAACUGGGUGAAGGAUACAUACUGGCGAGCAGUAAAAGCAUGGCACAGUCACACAGCGGGAAACUCUACAAGUUGGUGGACCCCAAAAGGCCCCUGGUGCCCAAGGAGUGCCAGCGUCAGGUGGAGCCCCCCGAGCUGCUGAUGACAGCUUGUUCCAGACACUGCAAGAACGGACACUGCACGCCCACCGGCAAGUGCUGCUGCAGCCCCGGCUGGGAGGGGCCGCUCUGCCGUAUCGCUAAGUGCGAUCCAGCCUGCCGCAACGGAGGCGUGUGCAUGGAGCCCAACAAGUGCCUGUGCAAAAGCGGCUACUCGGGCAACCAGUGCGAGCAGAGCGAACAAGGCAUGCCCAAUGACCAGGAAAAAGACGGCCUCCUGGACCACAUCAUCGACAUGACCUCGUACCUCCUCGACCUCACCGGCUAUAUCGUAUAA